CCUUUGACUAGCACGACUUUAACUCGAGUACUCUAUGACUGCAAGUCUCGGGAGCGAAGCCUGUCCAUUUCCGAGCACCCUAGACUCUCUUGACCAUUCCGUCUCAGGCUAUCACGAGGCAAGCCAAACAGACAAGUCACCAAUCUAAUUUCCGUGGCAGUUUGAGUUCCAUGCACAAUGCAUUCCAAUCCACAACGUGCCGGGUGCGAGCCAGAGCUCAAUGCUAGCACCCGGCUCUACUGCUAAGUACUACGAGAGCUAGGUGGUUCAUUUUACACGGUUCACUAUGGAUCCAGCGACCAGAAGUUCUGUUGUCCCUGUGACCCUGAUGGAUUCAAGUUCUCCAGCUUGCGAAGCUGCCGAAGAGUCUACGACAGAGACUGCUACGUUAGCGCAUGGACAAAUCGCGAAAUCUACAUCCGAGUCUACUGUUACACUUGUGCCCGCUAGACCUAUCUCGUACGUCGAGCACACGCAAGCCGUAGAGACUGGCGCUGGCUCUAGUUCGCAGGUGGACCCCACGCCUCCGGCAACAAGAUCUACUUCAGACCCUGCUCUUCAGACAUUAGAAAGGCAUUUAUCGUCGAACACAGAUGGCCCGUAUCCUGCUAGGUGCUCAAGGCACGGUGCUCCAACCUCUUCGGGAGAAUUUGACCACCUCGCGCGUGGAACGAGUAGGGGUAGAGAUUUCCUUCCUAGGAGGGCGACUUUGUUGGCACAGGGGUAUCCCAGUCUCCCAACUGACUUGGUUCCCAAGGCUACCUUGCAGCCCAACCGCACCGUCGGAGAGCGCCUACAGCCAACUAUCGACGCAGCUGAACAUGAAAGAGCCAAGUACGCAGCCAAAGCGACGCGGAUAGGCUAUGCAUUAAACAUUGCCAUCGGCCUGCAGGUUCUUUUAGGCAGUCUGACUACUGGUUUGUCUGCUGUCGCAGUUGGAAAACAGACCGCCGUCAUGACCGUAAUACUUGGGGCGCUCGCUACUCUAGUCGCAUCAUACCUCGCUCGUAUGCGUGGUUCAAGCGAACCAGAGCUUUCAAUCACCCGGGUGAAAGACCUUGACCAAUUUCUACGAGACUGCAGAGCGUUCCAGCUAGAUCACGCCCACACAUACGGAACUGCUGAGAAUGGGUUCGAUAAAAGAGUGGAUGAGCUCCGGUCCAGUUUUGAACAGUUGCUUGGGAAUGGAGAUGGUCAACGGAAGCUAUCUCCCGUCUGAUGAUGUGGACAUUUCUUCGUGACCUCUUAGUCAGUCGUAGCCCUCUCUGUGUUGGUGUACCAAUUUUUGUUUGUUGUUGAGUUGCAUUGCACCGAAUGUCAUUUUCGUUGUGGACAUUGUUACAUAGGCUACUCACGAGGGAUUGCCUCAAAUUCAC